CAGAGCGGGAACAUAAAAAAUUCCCAAUGGAAUUUUGUCUCGUAAGAGGUCGACCUUAAGCUUCUACAGCCUCAAUUAUCGCCAUGCUUCCGAGCAGAGGACUUCCGAGAUCAGUCCCAGCCUCCGCGCUGCGGAAUACCUGGUCUGCUCGGACAAAGCCAACUACUCGACCUUUACAUGUUCCUAUAAGGCACUUUUCCCAAGUACAGCCUCGAUCGACGCCGCUGAUCCGAGUGGGAAGUCGAAUUGGAAAUAUCUCGUAUGCGCAGACGUCCCUUUUCACCUCCCCGGUAGCCGUUGCUGCUGUUACCGCAUCCAGCGUCUUCGCUCAGCGCUCCGGAGCUUCGCGGAAUCUUUCGUUAUGGCCUUUCUCUUCUAAGAAGCCAUCCGCCGUCGAAACAGAGCCUGCCUCUUCCUCUCCGUCUUCCUCUCCCCCAGAGCCUUCGGGGCUUAUCGACAACGCCGAAUCCUUCCCAGAACAAUCCGUCGCGAGUGCGAGUGCGAGUGCGAGUACGAGUACGAGUACAAGUCCGGCUUCCGCUCCCGUAGAUCAUAGCCAGAAUACCUUUAGCGACCUAGAUCUGACGUCCGUCCUCGACAUUCCCGAGCAAAUCGGAUACUUGAAGAAUCUCGGGUUAGAGUUCGGCUGGGGCCCGACAUCCGCCUGCGAAUGGGUUCUCGAACAUGUAUACAUAUACACCGGCAUGCCGUGGUGGGCCACGAUCGCCGCCGUCGCUGUCGCAUGGCGACUUGUUCUGUUUUGGCCCACCUUGACCGCCAGCAAGCAUGGCGCGCUGCUUCAUCAGCUCGAGAGAAAUCCGGCCUACGCCCAAGCCAAGGCGGAAUUUAACGAAGCAGCAUGGAAGACUCGCGAUCGCGUCGCUCAGAUGCGAGCUCAAGAAAAGAUCAUGAGGUUGAAACGAGAGAGCGGCGCGAGCGCUAUGCGCAUGUUCAUACCUGCCUUAACUAUCCCUUUUAGUUUCUGCAUGUUUCGACUGCUCCGAGCCAUGGCUGCCUUGCCCGUACCCAGCUUCGAGACCGGAGGUCUGGCCUGGUUCACCGAUCUGGCCGUUCACGAUCCGUAUUACAUCCUUCCCAUGACUUCCAUAGCCCUGACAGCUCUCAUGUUCAAGCAAACGAGGGAUGCCAAUCCGGCACAAGAUCCGGCAAGGGAAAGCAUCACCAAGAUGAUGAUGUACAUUCUACCUCCCGCCGUAUUUCUGGGCACGGCUUGGCUCCCAGCUGGCAUUCAGUGGUUCUUCCUAACCCUCAGCGCCGGGUCUGCCAUCCAGACGACCGCCACUCUCAACCCAGCUAUCCGCCGCGCUGCUGGUCUCCCUCCUCUCCACGCUAUGCGACCCAUUUCGACCCCCGCCGCCAUCACUCCCACGUGGCAAGCACCAACAUCCCCUAGCCAAAGAGCCGCAACCGAUAAAAUGGACACGGCUAAGAAGGGACUCGGCGCAUCAGCGAUGAGCAUGUUAGGCGUCGACAAGGAGAAGGAGCAAUGGAAGAAGGCUCAGCUCUACGAAGAGCGCAGGGCUGCGGAAGAGAAGGAGAAGGCGUACCGAAGGAUGGAGGAUCUGCGCCGGAAGCAAGCCGAGAAGGGGCGAUUAUGAGAGCGUGACUACCGACUUAGCUAACAGGAUACGGGGGGAUAACGCAUCGAGGGUUGUAUCAUAGCAUAGACGAAGCGUUAGUCUUGGACCACCUAGCGGCAUCUGCUACUUGGACGAUAUCACGGGCUAUACGUAUACGCACACGUACAUGUACACGUACACGUAUAGGGUGAGGUAUAGCACCCGUAACUGUAAUUGCAGUGUAUAUAUAUCAAUCAA